AUGGGGGACCGCGCUCAACAGUCGCAGUCAGCUAGGAAGAAUGGUGGAAGAGUGACGAGAGGCGCAGCUCGCGCUCAGGCGGCCGCCAACAUGAUUUCUCCUCCAGCGUCGACAACACCUCCCAGUGUACCCGCCAAAAAGACGAUCUUCUAUCAGGAGCAUAAAGAGGCGCGAUCGAAAACCGGGGACGGGGCAUCUGACCCUGUGGAUGCACACGCUCUUGAAAAGGCCCUGCGGGGCAUGGAAGAAGGAGGACGUCAGCACGAGAGCACACCGGGUAUGAGUCCCUGUCGAAAACGGCAGCGAGUCUAUGGCGAUCGUUUCAUUCCCAAUCGAGACGGACAAGAUUUGCAUGCGACAUACAACCUGUUAGGGGAAGAUGGUUGCCCCACGACACCAUCAAAGUCGAAGAGGCGCGCUCCUCAUUCGGAACUGCAUUUCCAGAAGAUCGAAGAGGCAAAUAAGACGUUCUCUAGCGUUCUUCGCAGUGAACUUUUCGGGAGUACCGUUCCUCAGCCCGACCUCAACAAUUUUUCAUCGGAUCCUUUGCUCGGCUUCAGCAGCAAGGGAAUCAACGAUAAGACACGCUCUCGUACCCCUCCUCAUAUGGGGGCCAGUCAUCCUCCCGCCAGCAUCACUCCAUCUACACCACAUAAAAAUUUAUUCAAUUACGGUCCGAGUCGGCCUGGAUCAAGCCAUCCCACCCCGUCCAAGACCCCACGGAGUGCUCACGCUGUCAACUUGAACCCCCGUUCUGAACUCUACAGUACCUCACCCAUUCGCUACGAAAGCCAGCGCAUGCUUCAAACACCGCGGAAGCAGCCCCGCUUCAUCAAUAAAGUACCCUUCAAAGUUCUCGAUGCCCCUGAUCUUCAAGAUGAUUUCUAUCUCAAUUUGGUUGACUGGGGCAGUCAGAAUGUAUUAGGUGUGGGCUUGGCUAAUUCCGUCUACAUGUGGAAUUCGCAAUCGAGCCAGGUGACCAAGCUCUGUGAGCUGAAAGAGGAUACUGUCACCAGCGUGAGCUGGAUACAAAGAGGCACCCACCUGGCAGUUGGGACUGGACGGGGUCUCGUCCAGAUAUGGGAUGUAGAACAUUGCCGUCGGCUCCGGACCAUGGUAGGCCAUACCAACCGCGUCGGAGCCCUAGCCUGGAACGAUCAUAUCCUCACUUCCGGCUCGCGCGACCGCUUGAUCUAUCAUCGAGAUGUUCGCUCGCCUGAUCAGUAUCUUCGGCGGCUUUCCGGCCACAAGCAGGAAGUCUGUGGAUUAAAGUGGAAUACAGAGGACGGUCAACUUGCGUCUGGCGGCAAUGACAACAAACUCAUGGUUUGGGACAAACUCAACGACACGCCUCUCUACCGGUUCUCUGAUCACUGUGCCGCCGUUAAGGCCAUUGCUUGGUCUCCGCACCAACGCCACCUUCUCGCCUCGGGCGGCGGUACGGCUGAUCGCACCAUCAAGUUUUGGAACACAUCGACUGGCUCUUUGAUCAAGGAAGUUGAUACGGGCAGUCAAGUCUGCAAUUUGUCAUGGUCCAAAAACUCCGAUGAGAUCAUCAGUACUCACGGCUACAGCCAGAACCAGGUCGUCGUGUGGAAAUAUCCACGGAUGGAGCAGAUCGUCUCGUUGACUGGACAUACUUUCCGUGUCCUGUAUCUCGCCAUGAGUCCUGACGGGCAAACCGUUGUUACUGGUGCUGGCGACGAGACCCUUCGGUUCUGGAAAAUCUACGAUAAGCGGGCCAAUCGAGACUCCCAUCGCGAAGGGAGCAAGCUCUCAGAAUGGGGAACAAUACGUUGA